AUGACAAUGGUGAAUAAUAAAUUAACAGAAAAAAAUAAAAAAAAACGGCAAGAAGAUAAUGAAGAUGAUGGUUAUAGAAGUCAAACUCAACGUCGAAGUCAAAUGUUAAUGGCUGCUGAUGAUGAUGCGGAAUCACGUUUACGAGUUCGACUGGAUUAUCGUCAAUUUAUUGAUGAUCUUAAUACUAAUCGACAAUUAUAUAUAGCACCAGAUAAUGAUGAAUUAGAAAAAAAAAUUGAUCAAGUUGAUCAAGCAUUUGCUAAAGUUAAAAUGCCUCGUGAAGGUGUACUUGAUGCAUCAACAUUACGAACAAUUUCCAAUUUAGCCAGUGUUCGAAUUCGAGCAGUCGAUGAAGCUGGAAGUUUAGAUCGUGCUUAUGAAUUUGCACGUAAAUCUGAAAAAAUUCUAUCAAGUUUAGUUGGAAAUGCAAAUGAAUUCUACGAAAUAUUUGGAAAUUUUCAUCAUAUUGUACCUGCACCUUGUAUGAUGAAUGGUCGAUUACCCACAAAAUUAUUUACUAAUGAAUAUCAUGAAAAACAGAAACAGCGUGCCAAACCUGUUCGACAACAAAAGUUAACACAAGAAGAAUUAGAAAAAUCACGUACACGACCAGAAGAAGUUAAAGAAUUUAAUUCUGAACUUGGUGAACAAACAAUCAAACAAAUAAUGCAUAUAAAACGUUGUCUUGUUAAAACUUACAUAUCAGCAAAGUCAAGUCCAAUUGAUUAUUUUGAAUUUGUUAUCGAUCCAUCAUCAUUUGCAAAAACUGUUGAGAAUAUGUUUCAUGUAUCUUUUCUCAUUAAAGAAGGAUUUGUUAAUCUUUUUCAAGAUGAUGUGUCUCUACCAGCACUUGAACCAACAGAUAAAGCAAUGAAUCGAAUACCUAGUAGUAGUUCAACACAAACAGAUGAUGCAUCUGAACGUGCUAAUCAAAUGAUUAUGUCAAUAACGAUGGAUGAAUGGGAGCAAUUAAUUGAAGUAUAUGAAAUUACAGAAGCGCAAAUUCCGUCAAAGCACAAUUGA